GAUUCCUCUGGUACCCGGAGGAGCCCACCUCUGAUCCAAAAUAGCUGUGCUAAUACAUAAAUGUGUUUGAACAGCGGAUCUGUGUGCAAGUCUGUGGUGUACAAAUAUAUACACAGGGACGUUUAGCAAAACAGCUCACAGGCCGAUGGAGAACGACGGUGGUCCCCAAAGAGUUAUUUCCCAGUAUUAGGAGUCAAAGCAAGGCGCCAACAUCUGUGUUUAAGUAUCUGGCCUAAGCUGAUGGAAACAAACUAUGUGCUACUGGAAGGAUAAGAGUCCUAACACAAAAGACAUCGCACAGACAUGAUGUUAAUGUAAUGUCAAUGGACUCUUCUAAAUAACCCAAUGCAUGACAGCAGAAAAAAAUAAAGAGCUCUUUUGGACUGCGCUAUUUGCGGAUCGGGCCUUAGGAUUGGAGGCUUGGAGCCAUUUGGCUUGACUUUCUUUGAAGAUGGUUUUGUGGAGGGUUAAACCCAUACUCCUCCCUCUCUCUGAUGCCUGUCGCUCUUUCAUUCUGCCCAGGAAAUGCUGUACGUCACUGUGGGUGCAGAUAUAAAAUAGUCUGUGGCUGUACCUUGCCAUCUGCACACUGUUCCUGCAGCACUGCACUGUAAUUCAUGUCAGUGAUGAGAGCAUUUUUAGCUGUUGUCUUGUAGUGUGUAGGUGGCGACUGGCUGUUUCAACUUGUGGAUAUCCAGGACUUACAUUAUUGGAUUUUCUACUUGCUGCUUACCUUUUUGCUUCCAUACCAUGAAGCCAUGGAUGUUUGGUUCACUGAUUGUUUGUGUUUUGUUGCUGCACACCAGUGGAUUACAACAAGAGGACACUCAAGCCGGUUGCAGCACAACACCCAAUGACCUCGCAUUCAUCAUCGAUGGCUCCUCAAGCUUGGGUGUCCCCAACUUCGAAACAGCCAAGCGUUGGCUCAUCAACAUCACCAAAGGUUUUGACGUGAGCAGCAGACACACUCAGGUAGCGGUUGUCCAGUACAGCGACACCCCUCGAUUGGAGAUUCCUCUGGGAAAGCAUCAGAACAGUCAAGAACUUGUCGAGGCAGUCGGCUCCGUCUCAUACCUGGGGGGAAAUACGCGGACUGGACGCGCCAUCAAGUUUGCCACAGACCAUGUCUUUGGGAUGCCCAACCACACCUCCCAGUCUCCCAGAAACCGCAUCGCUGUGGUUCUCACAGAUGGCCGUUCACAAGAUGACGUAGAGGACGCCGCUAUGGAGGCCAGGGCGCAGAAUAUUGUUCUGUUUGCCGUCGGUGUGGGAAAUGAAAUCACUAAUUCUGAGUUGGUGUCUAUGGCUAAUAAGCCAGCGUCUACUUAUGUGCUGCAUGUGGAGGAUUACAACUCCAUUGCUAGCAUAUGGGACCUGAUGGGGCAGAAACUGUGCGAGGAAUCAGUGUGUCCAUUGCGGAUCCCUGGAACGGUGAAUGAUCAAAAAGGUUUCGAUCUAAUGAGUUUGAUGAAAAUCGAUCAGUUGGCUCAGAAAGUUCAGGGCUCCUUGAUAUCAGAGAGAGCAUCACAACUCAGUCCUCGCAUGGACAUCACCCACAAAACCAGAGAGAUCUUUCCAGAAGGUCUUCCACCAGCUUUUGUGUUUGUUGCCACUCUGCGCUUGAAGAACCCAGCUCACUGGAUGAAGUUUGACCUCUUGAGAGUGUUAUCUCAGGACGGGGUGAAGCAGAUCGCUGUGACUGUGAACGGAGCAGACAAGUCAGUCACUUUCACAUCCACCAGCACUCUGAAGACAGAGCAGACCGUCAUAUUUAAUGACCGAGGAAUCAAGAGGCUCUUUGACACGGAUUGGCACCAGCUGAAGUUCUUAGUGAAGCCCAGACGCAUCACUUGUUUUGUGGAUGGAGCGUAUGUAGAAGAGCAGCUCCUAGAUCCAGUUGUUCCCAUCUACAUUAACGGAAAGACUCAGGUGGCCAAGAAAGUCAAUAUUGAAACAACCGUCCCUAUUUAUCUCCAGAAGUUGCGUCUGUACUGUGACCCUCAGCAGAGUGAGCGAGAGACAGCAUGUGAAAUUUAUUCUGUGGAUGAUGAAAGGUGUCCUUCAGAUCGCUCUCCUUCUGUAGAAGGCUGUGAUUGUCCUAGUGGGAAACCUGGUUUGCCUGGUUUACCUGGGCCUAUGGGAUUCAGGGGGGAGAAAGGCAGAGAGGGACCUCCGGGGCCUGAUGGUAAACCUGGUAAGGCAGGGGAGAAAGGAACAUCAGGAGAGCCUGGUCGAGAUGGACAGAAAGGUGAAGCAGGUGAAACAGGACAAAAGGGGGAGCGAGGACUAGAAGGACCCAAGGGUGAAAUGGGACCACCAGGGCCACCGGGGCCUUCAGGACCAGAAGGCACAGGCUUUUCCAAAUUGGAAAUCCAAGACUUGGGGAUUCAAGGAAGCAAGGGAAUUCCAGGGGAGCCAGGAGAAACGGGACCACCCGGAAUUCCCGGAUCAAAUGGUGAACCUGGGCCACCUGGUCUACCUGGACUUGAGGGUCCCAAGGGUGAAAAAGGAGUUGAUGGAUUGCCAGGAUCAGAUGGACAACCAGGAAUUCCUGGUAUGCGAGGGCUUCCUGGAGAGAUGGGGCCUGCUGGACCUCAAGGUGAGCGAGGCUUGUCUGGACCAGCAGGUUUUACUGGACCAAUAGGACUACAGGGACCACCAGGCCCAGUUGGCCCACCUGGCAUUGAAGGUCCUCCUGGUGCAAAGGGGAAUUCUGGGUUUCGCGGACAAGACGGGCUCCCUGGACCACCUGGUGUUAAAGGUUCAGAUGGAGAGCACGGCAUUCAGGGUCCACCUGGCAUUAGGGGUCCACCAGGGUUUAAAGGCCACAAGGGUGAAUCCGGAUCAUUGGGACCGAAAGGAAGUCAGGGCGAGAAAGGAAACCAAGGAGAACCUGGAGUCAAUGGAAAACAUGGUGAACUGGGCCUGAAAGGAAACAAAGGAGAGCCAGGUGUAGCUGGAGAUCCCGGAAACAGAGGAGCUGAUGGGAAAAAAGGAGACGUGGGUCUGCCAGGGCCUCCUGGAUCGCAAGGCUUUUCAGGACUAGAUGGGUUACCAGGACAACCAGGACUUCCAGGUUACCCAGGGAAACCAGGUAAACCGCCUUCAGAAGAGCAGCUGAUGAAGAUUUGUGCUUCUGUGCUUCAAACCCAGCUACCGCAGCUCCUGCAGGCGAUGGAGCAAAGAAGCUGCCAGCACUGUGAGACCAAACAAGGGCCAGCAGGCGAUCCAGGUCCCCCAGGCCCAACAGGCUCAUCUGGACCACCAGGGUAUCCAGGCAGGGCAGGGUCUCCAGGCUAUCCGGGACCUCCGGGCAGCAGAGGGCCUGAAGGAGUGAAAGGUGAUAUCGGCCCAAUGGGUAUGAAAGGCGCUAAAGGACAGGGUGAAAUUGGGUUGCCAGGUCCACCUGGCCCGCAAGGAUUGCAAGGUCCGCGAGGGGAUGACGGUGAGGGAUAUCCUGGGCCUUCUGGUCCACCAGGGAAAUCUGGCACUCCGGGGAUCCCAGGCAAACGUGGACCCCCAGGAUCCAUGGGUGUUUGCGACCCGUCCUCUUGUUAUCAAGCCUAUGGCUUUCGGGAUGAUCCUUUCAGGAAAGGACCUAACUUUUAGCGUCUGAGUGAUCCUGUACAGUUUGAUUUUCUCUCUCAAAUGGACAUUUCUGGUGCUCAGCAUUGACCUCAGGAACUUACAACCUCUAAAGCAGUGUUUCUCAACCACAUUCCUGUAGGACCACCAGCUCUGCACAUUGUCUAGUCUACUUAAUCAAACACACCUGAUUCAGAUCAUCAGCUCAUUAGCAGAGACUGAAGGACCAGACAAAGGAGACAUCCAAAGCAUGCACUGCUGGUGGUCCUCUAGGAACAUGGUUGAGAAACACUGCUCUAAAGUAUGAUGUCACGAUCUUGACUUUAAACGUGUGACUCGUUUUCCUCUCUGAGAAUCUAGUGUUGAAUGUGUUUCUACUCACGCUAACUGUAAAAAUAACAUGUGUCUUCCAUCACGUUUGCAAAACAUACCUAUACUAGACAUGCAAUUCUCUUCAGUUUCCAGCUAAAUUAACACUGGGGGCAGUAAAACACCAUUAAAUUGGAUGCCUUAUAUUAAUAGAUACGUUUUUAAUGAACAUGACUCAGUAGCUCGUCUGGUAGCAAGGUUGCAUAGUUGCUUUAGCAAAUACACUGUUAGCAACACUAUCAGUUUAUAAUUAGGAUCUGUUGUAGGUGGUGCUUUAGUUUCAAAUGCUAUUUAUUUAAUUAUCGGGAGCUCCAAAAAAACUGACACAGCUAGCUCCAUAAAAAUAGUCACUUUUCUGAAGCCAUACAGUAGCUUUGAGCUGGAAACACUAAAAUUUAAAUCAGUAUUUGGUGAAAAUGCUUUCAAACAUUGUGCAUUGUUUGCGUAUUGUACGUACAUCAUUGAUUCUCAUUCAUCCUGUGACCAGUUUAUUUGUCAGUUUCAGCUUUUGUUUUGGAUGAACCGUUCAUUUCAAGAAAAGGAAAACUAUACUGUAUCCACUGCACUGCCCGACAAGCUACCUCUGCACGGGAUGUGAAGCAAUUUCCACGGGCUUUAUGUUAAGAUUUGAGAAACUCAAGGGCUGUUCUGUGUUUGUUACUUUUUAUAGGAACAUUUUAACUACUAUUUGUCUUCAUAUAUAUUUAAUGAUACUUUUUAGUUCGACUGUUUGAACAUGUUGUAGAAUUUAGCUGUCGUUUUUUAGCACGUCUGUUUUGUUCUCAGUAACUCAUUAGUUAUCAUCUAUUUAUUAUUUAAUGUUUUCUGUUCAUUCUUUGUUAAUGCAUGUAGCAUCUUAGUCUGGUUUAAACUUGAUUGAUUUGUGCAGCUGACAUUUGAAACUCUUAGAAUUACAAUAAAACAUUUACUUGAA